UUUAAAAACGAUCAAUUGAACUACCUACCAUUUAAAAAAAUGAAAAAAUAAAACGAAAGUAAUAGACAGUAACUGUCCCACUAAAAAUGCAUUCUCCGCUUUUGUGUUCUUGUAUUUGAAAAGAAGGUGCAGCGCAGAAUCGACCACCACGUUCAUAGUAUUAUUGUUGUGCGAUUGUUUCGAGUUUCCUGCUGCACGUGAAAAGCUUUCAUUGUAUUCACUUUUCGUGCGCUCCCGAAUGUUAAAAUUCACUUAUCCAGUGCAGGAGCAUGUUUUCCAGCUUAAAUGAUGAAGAACGACAGUCUUUCUUGGCCCAAAACAACGACAGCUUCAUUCCUGGGUAUACAGGACACUGUCCAACGCUCAAGUUUCAUUACGGACGUUGCUACGGGACUAAAACUAAAGAAAUCCUCAAGGACAUCCGCACAAAGCGAAUUUUUCAAGGAGUGCAAAAAGAAAACUAUCGCUCGCAGGACUAUAAGACCCCCAUUUUGGACCCGAUCGUUAAGACAAAGGGGCAGUUUAAGGAUUACGCUGACGAUUUUAAACGCAGAGCGCCGCGUUACAUCACCGGUUACACAGGUUUCAUCCCAACCCUGAACUUUCGCUACGGAAAGUCGUACAGUCGAACCGCCGAUGACUGUGCUUACGAAUACGAGACCAACAAACACAGGAGGAUUCAAUUGGCGGAACAAGAAAUUGAUAAAAUGUUUCGGGCCCAAAGUGCGCCCCGAUUGAAUCCCAUUAGAAAUAAGGACGAAGUGAAGCGUGCCAUGAAUGAAUACGUUGAAAAACACAAAUUCCAAGAUCAUAAAAUUUCUCCGGAUUAUCCACCAAUUGCCGGAUACACGGGACACAUCCCACGUGUGAAAGGGAACGAAGAAUCGCUGUCUCAGCGUUACAAUACAGUCGUAAAAAGAGGACUAACACUGUUACAGAAGGAAAGAGAAAGGAUACAAAGUUUGAAGAAGGCGCAAAACCAAGUCGUUGGAGUUUUGCAAGACUUUGAAAAUCUUCACAAAAGAGUAGAAACUUCGUAAUGUUGCUUGUGGCAACGUUAUUGAAGGGAGAAUAGAAGCUUUAGUGUUUCAUUGUUGUGAAAUAUCACAAAGCGCAAAUGUAUAUGCAGUCAAACCUCUGUAAUCCGAAUUAACUUUGCACUGUGUUCUUCGGAUUAAAGAGGUUGUACUGUAAUCGUAUUUUGUUUGGUUGUUUAUUGAAACAAUGUUUAAAAAGUGACAAUUUAUUAUCAGAAAAUAGAAAAUAAAAACCACAUCUUUUAAAUUA